AAGAUAUAUUGAGGAUGUUGAUGUAUGAUGAUAGAAUGGUAACCCCGUUUGCACUAUCGGUAUACGCCUGGGUACCAGUGAGAAAUGAUAGAUGAAAAUGAAACAAGUCAGGUGGUCCACCGAUGAAUUCAUCAAAAAUUAACCACUAUGGGUUCCAGGAGGAACCGCGUGGAGGUUGGCCUAUUAGAGUAUAUUGCUAGUAAUGGGCCAGUUACAUUUCAUUACUAACUUCUCUUACACUUCCCCCCAAUGGGCGUGUGGAUGGCACGUGGACCAUUUUCUCAUGGAAAUAUGGAGUUUAUCUAUAGUUAAGAUAGAAACAAAAUAUUAAGAAAAUAACACUUGAUUAAAAAUAAUGUUCCGACUAGAUCAGUAAGUAGUUUUACCUAAGGAAAUACAAAUGUGAUAAAAUAAUAAAAAUCAUUUAUGUAAAUGAUAAUAUUAAAACAAUAGUAUAAACCAUACAUAAUAAUCCAAACACACAAUAAAUACAACAAAAUUGUUUUAUAAUUACUUAUCAAGUUAUAUAAUAUUAAUUUAGUGCAAUCUUACAAUACCAAAACUUAUUUCGUACAAUAGUUUUAAAUUCCCGUACAGCCCAAUUUUUUCCAUUGCAAAUUGACCUUUUACUGAAACAAAAUUUCGUAACAACAUAAAAACAAAACCAUAGGUACCAUAAACUUUGAAAGUCUUGUUAUAAAAACCAUAACGUGAAUUUCGAAUAAACCACUUGAUACACCCACACAAACGAAGGGAGCUUUUCAUGUACAAGGUGCUUUUGUGUCGGGGGCGGCGCGCCGGGUAUAAAUAACCCGGCCGGUUAUGGCAGCCCCACAUACCCGCCUGUGAUCUCACUAGCGACACACGCUCUCUCCAAAUAUACUUUAUUUCCAAAAUGUCUUACUACGCUAAUAACGAAUACAUCAUCGCCACAAACAAUUCGAUGAACGAGAACAAAUACAAUAGUGACAAGAUGAAGAACAGUGGCUUCAAAGCACUCUUGAAGCCUUUGAUGAAAAUUAUUAAGAAGACAACAAAACGAGUUCCCGCCAAAGCGUGCGACACGUGCUACGAAGAUGAGCAGAACUUGAGCAACGAGAGGCUCGAGCGCAAAAUCUAUGCUGAAGUUGAAGCGUGCCAAUCUGGUGCCGCUUUUCUCGUAUACAAUGAAGAUUCUACAUGCGACAUUAUGCCAGUGACCCCUGAAAACUUCUACGUGCCAGUUCAUUUCGUAAGGACCGAAGCCGGUACUUUCUUCUGGACGACAGUCUCAAAACCCGAAGCUGACUUUGCCGAAGCUCACUGUUAUACCGAGUGCCAGACGCCGGAGCAGCAAUAUCCGAUAAUGCAAGAUCGCUGGGUUCAAGCCUAAAUCAAAACAAGACAACGAAAAUCAGUGUCUUCCUUUGAAAGAAACCAGUGCUCGCUCCGUUGGUUUCUGCAACCGUCUGUGAUCUUAGCUUUAAUUUAAAUAGUUCAAGGUGCCAUAUAGGGUUAAGUUAGAGUUAGCUUCGCUCAAUACUCGUGAUAAUUCCUCGAAAGCUUUAACUGUAUUUCGAAAGCGUUGUGAUAUUUUUAAACAUUUUUGUAUUGUAUAAAUUAAUAACGUUAGGUAUGUCGAGCUUAUUGUGAUCUUCCUUAUCUGAGCUUUAAUUGUUUAGGGUUAAUAAUUUAUUUAUAUUGUAAGUUGACUGCUUUUGGUCAUUUAAAUGAGAUGAAAUAAAAAUAAAAUGAUGAUUAAUUGUA